AUGCUGCGACCCUUGGCAACGACCGAGAACCAGGUCCCGUCGUCGUCGUCGUCGAUUCGGGUGCUGACGGAGCAAGAGGAACGCGACAUCGGUGAGCUGUUUGAAAGGACUCAGAAUCUCUCCACGAAGGGCAUUGCGAGCAUGGAUCGAAUCCUCCGACGCGAGCUUGAAGAUACCGACCACCUGCUCGCGACGGCGCUGGAGUCUUCUGGCAGUGCGCUGGCUUUGCUGUCCGAAUGUGUCUCGGAGGUCGAACAUUCGAUGGUAGACAUCAAUGCAUGGUCCGCGGUGUUCGAAACAAACUUGUUGAACAUGCGCACGAAUCUGGCGACGAUAAAAGGGCAAGAUAAGCAACUUCAGGUGUCCGCCGCUAACAAGCGCUCGCUCGCUGACGCCUUGGAGGAACUUCUUCAAAAGUUGGAAAUUCCGGUGAACGUCGAAAAUGUGCUUCUAGAGCACCCUUUCGAGGACGAUAAGAGUGUUUUGAAGUUUUGUGACGCGCUUGAAGGAUUAGAGGGUUUCAGAUCGAGGUUGAGGGCCCCUGAUUUGCCUACACACGUUUUGGAGAUGCGAGUCGUUCGAGAGGCGGCAAAUCGCGCACGAGAAGUAUUUGAGCGCGCACUUGCGCGAGUGCUGCAUCGUUUUGAGGCAAUAACGGAGGGAUGGGUGCGCUGGGUGAUCCAAAGCGGAGCAAAAAGCGACGAGUACGCGUGGGAAGCAAUUCACAGCAAAUUAGAAGAACUCAAGAAAUUAUUUCAAUUAUUGGCAAAAUUAAAUCCGCCAUGUGCGAACGCAUUUGCCCGCAAAUAUUGCUCCAGCUGCCGCGAAGUCAUGUGGCAUGAUUUAGUUACGACACUGAGCUCUAUUACAGCGGAAGGGCUCGGAUCCAACCGCGUGAGUGUCGCAUUUCACGCGUUGAACGAUGCGAUUUCGUCCGCCUCGCAACUCAUCAACGAAGAAGGACGUUACUCAGUCGAAAUGUUCAAAAUAUCGGCGAACGAGCGAGAUCUCCACAGUCGUGAAAUAAUUGUUGGAUUUGAUGAAUAUUUGUUAGAUUUAAUUGAGCAACAAAUUGCAGCAGACAACGCGCUUUCCGUGGUUUUCCUAGCAGUCUUGCGCAAUGCCGCACAGGCAUUGAGUGGUUCAGCCCAGCUGGCGCUGAAAGAUGCCUUGCUCCGAGCGGAGAUUGGUGUGGAAGAGCUUUCAUCGGUUGUUUCUCGGAACUUCAAAGAUCAGAUGAGCGAUGCACACGCGAAGCAAUCAAUCGCGCGAAGUUCCGCAGGGGAAUACGAAUUCUGCAUGCCAGAACUGGAUCCUUUGAGAAGCACUAUUUUCGCACGUGUCAGCCUCGCCUCGAUGCUCCCAUCUCAGGAAAAGUCUACGUAUGCGCCACUUGAAUCCAUGUGUAACGUCGCGUUUGCGCACAUCGAUCGAGUCGCAAACGCCGCACCGAAAAGGAAUGACCGAGUCAGGCUCCAGGGAUAUUUCUCCCUGGCGCAGUGCUUUGGACAAGGUGAGGUUAUGGACGAGUCUCUCCAAGGGCCCGGAAGGCGCUUGGUAGAUUUUAUGCAGUCAGCAAGCUUGAGCUACGUCGUGGAGGUGUGCGAGAAGCACUUCGGUAAGAUCUUUACCGAGAUUCACGAACUGGGCUUGGACUCGAACUCACCCCAGCUUGGCGGUGUUGAGCGACAGCUGUUGACAAGGCUGUACAAAAUCGCCGUUCCGAACGCUCGAGUUGCCGACAAGAACAUCGAAGCUUGUUCUAAAACGUUGAAGAAAGAUCUGAUCGUUUCACCGCUUACUUUGCAGGUUUGGAGACUGGUUGAAAAUCGAGUCAUUGAAGGCAUGCUUGUGCUCAAGGUGCAUCUUGGCGGGGACAAGUUGGCGAGCUCCUUUCCCAUCGAAGACGUUCGGCGAUCGUUCUCGCUCCACUCGAAAGGUCUGAGAGAUAUGUAA